UAGAGCUUAUUACAAUAAGUCUCAUGAUCUACGUAGUCAUGUAUGUUUAUAAAUCACUUAUUAAACACAUAUUGACAUUAAAGUGCAUCGUCUUUGUAAACGGCUGAGCGUUAAGGUGUGGCUGCCUUCAUCCACCGCCAGGGGGCAGCAGAGGGCUUCCUGUUCCACAUGGUCUGUCUUCUUCGGGUCUUCGUCUCCGGACGGAAAGACUCCUUUACAUUCAAUCACUACAUGUUUGGACAUUAUUACGUCAUAAAGAAACAAUAUUUAGUGGGAAAGGAGGAAAAUAAUGUUUGUUGGAAAAAACUUCAAUAUAAUAAUUAUCAUUUAAAUGUAAUGAACUAUUACACUUUUAUCUCAUAUAUAAAUGUAUUAUUAUUAUUAUUUCCUAAAGGACAAUAUUGAUCGCAGAGGGACUCCAGCAGAAGGUGAGCGUCAUCACUUUAUGUUCAUUCAGUGUGUAUUUUUUGUGGGGAAAAAUCCCCCAUAAUGCAUUUCUCUCGUAAAUAUUGUUGUGUUCAGUUUGCAGGUGAAGUUAUUGAUCUUUAUUUGAACUGUUUUCAGGGUCUGGAUCUGAUCGGCAGCAGAACAGACGAGUCUCUAAAGUUUGUCUCUUCUAUUUACCCAUGGUUCAUAUUAGAGACUAAAUAUGUAUAUUUAUUAUAAACUUGUGAUUCUACUGAACAGUUUCUACUUGUGACUGAAUCGAGAUACAGGACUCUCACCAGGUGACCUCCACCCAGAGAACAGGACUCUCACCAGGUGACCUCCACCCAGAGAACAGGACUCUCACCAGGUGACCUCCACCCAGAGAACAGGACUCUCACCAGGUGACCUCCGCCCAGAGAACAGGACUCUCACCAGAUGACCUCCACCCAGAGAACAGGACUCUCACCAGGUGACCUCCACCCAGAGAACAGGACUCUCACCAGGUGACCUCCACCCAGAGAACAGGACUCUCACCAGGUGACCUCCACCCAGAGAACAGGACUCUCACCAGGUGACCUCCACCCAGAGAACAGGACUCUCACCAGAUGACCUCCACCCAGAGAACAGGACUCUCACCAGGUGACCUCCACCCAGAGAACAGGACUCUCACCAGGUGACCUCCACCCAGAGAACAGGACUCUCACCAGGUGACCUCCACCAGGUCCUGUUGCCACCUUGAUGUCGGUUCAUUUUCUUCACUUUAAAACGAGUCACAACCCAAACUGAACGUCAAGGAGGACGGCGCUCCUGGAUUUACGAGGCGGCGGUCGGAGAUAUUUCAGGAGCUGCGAGUUCCUGCUGCCAUAAACGAGCCGCGCCAAGCGCUUAAAUACGCCCCGAGAUUUCACUUUCCAGUCCCCCGGCCCUCCAGUCGCUCCCUGCCAUCCUCCUCGUCAUCGUCGCCGCGAAGUUCAUCUUUCUGAUAAUUAGCUGAAACUAAAAAGAAGUCAAGAUGUCUGAGGGAAAGAAGAUGACGUCGAGCCGCAGGCAUCACCUGAAGAGUGUGAUCCUGCAGAUCGCUGCCAACUGGCUGCAGCAGGAAACCGUUGAGAAUGCGGCCACCAAGGAGGCGUACAUGGCGGAGAGAUGCUCCGCCCCCGACAUGAGUGGAGACCAGGCGGCUUUGAUGGAAAUCAGCAAGAAGCUCCACCUGGCCCUGGACAAGCUGGACGAGGAGCGGUACGACUGCGAGUCCAAAGUCCAGAAGGCCGACAAAGAGAUCGACGACCUGAAGCUGAAGGUGGUGGACCUGGGCGGCGUGAAGAAGCCGGCCCUGAAGAGAGUCCGCAUGUCGGCCGACGCCAUGCUGAAGGCCCUGCUGGGGGGGAAGCACAAGGUCACCAUGGACCUGAGGUCCAACCUGAAGCAGGUCAAGAAGGAGGUCAAGGAGGAUGCCGGAGAGGCCGCCGGGGACUGGCGAAAGAACAUCGAGGAUAAGGCCGACAGGAAGAAGAUGUUCGAGACUUCCUAAGACUUUCGAGAGACUUCCUGGAGGCUUCCUAUAGAGACUUCCUUGAGACUUUCUAGGACUUCCUAAAGACUUCCUGGAGGCUUUUUAGAGACCUCCUAAGACUUCUUAAGACUACCCAAGACUUCCUUGAGACUUUCUAAGACUUCCCGGAGAGUUCCUCCUUGUUGCCUCUCACCGUUUUGGAAAAACUCGUACCAUUAAAUAUUUUGUUUGAACAAG